UUGACGACAGAGAAUUUUAUUCCAUAUAUUUGUUUCAUUUUCGAUGCUGUAACGAGAAUCUUUAUUAUGAUGUAGAACUUAUAUAAACCAUUUAAAGUGGUCGAACCACAACUAUUCCCAACGAUACUCACUAAACUUCACCACUGCCACGGCUGGUUGUUCUUAACGUUUAAAAUGGAAAUUGAUAUGAAGCAAGAAUCAAGUGGAAGUACAAGUGUCCGCGAAUAUGGUUCAAAACAUCUUCAAGACGAUGAAAUAACUUCUCAGAGUCCAAUGCAGUCUUCAUCAUUCGCAAUUGUGAAGUUUUUGGUUAAAUAUUGUGGUGCUGACUUAAGUUGUAAAGAUGAGUUGGGCAAUACUGCUUUACAUCAUGCUGUUGAUGUUGGUGAAACAGACGUGGUCAAAUAUUUUGUUGAACAGUGUGGUGCUGAUGUAAAUGCCAAGGAUAAAUUAAAGUGGACAGCGCUCAACUAUGCUGUUUUUAAAGGUACGCCGGAAAUGGUGAAAUAUCUUGUUGAACAUGGCGCUGAUAUAAAUGGCAAGGAUACAUACAGAUGGACAGUGCUUCACCAUGCUGUUACUAAAUGUACCCUAGAAAUAGUGAAAUAUCUUGUUGAACACGGCGCUGAUAUAAAUGGCAAGGGACCAUACGGAUGGACAGUGCUUCGCCAUGCUCUUACUAAUUGUACCCUAGAAAUAGUGAAAUAUCUUGUUGAACAUGGCGCUGAUAUAAAUGGCAAGAGUACUGACGGUUGCACAGUGCUUCACUAUGCUGUUAACAAAGGUGAGGUAGAAAUGGUAAAAUAUCUUGUUGAACAUGGCGCUGAUGUAAAUGGCAAGGGUACUAACGGGUUGACAGUGCUUCACUAUGCUGUUAACAAAGGUGAGGUAGAAAUAGUGAAAUAUCUUGUUGAACAUGGCGCUGAUGUAAAUGGCAAGGGUACUAACGGGUGGACAGUGCUUCACUAUGCUGCUAAUAAUGGUGAGGUAGAAAUAGUAAAAUAUCUUGUUGAACAUGGCGCUGACGUAAAUGGCAAGAAUAAAUACGGAUUGACAGUGCUUCACGAUGCUGUUUCUAAAGGUACGCUAAAAAUAGUGAAAUAUCUUAAUAGAUUAGAAAUUGUCAAGUAUUUAGUUGAAAAGGGUGCUGACGUGACUCUUCACACUCUUGGCAUUGACAUCCUGAAGAUGGCUGUUGAGAAAAAUUCAGUUGCUUUGGUCAAUCUUCUGUUGGAAAAGAACAUUGCUGUGUGGAGAGUUGGAACAUUUCUUGUUGAAGGAAGACAAAUGAGUCUUCUUGAAUUGAGUAUUCAUCUUGGUCAUGAUGAAAUUGCAACUAUCCUCAAAAGGUCCGUAAAUCAUCGUGAGAAAAUUCAGAUGUUGAAAACAAUGAAUUGCAACCAGUUAAAAGAGACUAAAACACGCAUGCAGGCUUUUGUCGCAAAGAAUCAAUUCAAAAUUGGUGCUGGUGGUUUUUCUUGUGUCUAUGUUGGUCUCAUGAAGGAUGGUAGUGAAGUUGCUGUUAAGAGAAUUUUGGUACAAAGUGAGGAUGAAACAGUUGAAAACGAAAAGGAAAUCAUGAGUCUCAUUGAAACAAACUCUCCAUUUGUAGUGAAAUAUCGACAUUUUCACCGCGACGAUACCUUCAUGUAUCUUAUUGUUGAUCUUUGCGAAGAAACCUUGAGGGAACUUGUUCAAUCAUGCAGAACUGAACAUUUACAAAGGCAAGGUCCACGAAUGAUUAGGGAAAUUUUAUCCGGACUUGAAUUUCUUCAUGGUAAAGGAAUAUUGCACAGAGAUCUAAAACCAUCAAACGUUCUGGUUGAUAUCGAAGGUCGCAUGAAAUUGGCAGACUUUGGAAUAAGCCGCGUUGUUAAUGAAGAUGAAACGACAGUUGAAACAGAUGCAAAAGGCACUCGUGGAUGGAUGCCACCGGAAAUAAUUGAAGCAAUAGUUAAAAAAGAAAAAAGUCGUUUUAAAAGAAAAUCAGACCUCCAUGUCGUGGGUAUGAUUGCUUUCUUCAUCUUAACUAAAGGUGAACAUCCUUUUGGAUCUGAAUUAGAUCGAAUGAAAAAUAUUUUAGAAGAUAAUCGUGUCAAUUUGGAGAAACUUGGUGAUCGCGAAGCUCGUAGGUUUGUGUCGUGGCUGAUUAAUCACAAGAUUGAUGAUAGACCUUACGCUCACGAAGCAUUGGGGGAUUCCUUAUUUAGCAACACCACAACGAACACAGCGAACAAUUAAACAACCAACCUCAACGUUUGUUUGAAAUGAUGAAUGAGGAUUAAUAAAGGGGGAAUUUGGAGCGACACAAGGGCGACAGAACAUAGCUAAUUUCAAAAUAAUUAUCACAAUAGUAUAGUAGAGGGGGACAACCCAAGUUUGUCCUUCAAGGGGAACUUUUGAGCGACAAAAAUUGGACACAAGGGCGACAGAACCAGUCGCAUCGGGCGACAACAAAGCAAUGCUGAACGCGACCGCCGUGGAUUUGCAUUUCGUAGACGGUCGGUAGCAACUUUGAUGUUCGGUAGCAUCAUUUACCGCUUCGGAAGUCGCCGUGCACUUCGCGACACUUUCCGAAUAAAAAAAUCGACAAGAAGGUAUUUUAAUUAUUUGCGAAUUUGCUCUAUCGACGUGAUUCUCAAUCCUAUUUCAAUCAUCCUGAUAAUAGUUUAGCAGAAUGUGCUGUAGUUCUUAUUAAUAAAUUGAAUUUAGCUCCAGUUAGAAUAAAUAUAUAUAUUUCUUACCCUUAAAAUAUCCUUAACACAACGUGUGGUUGGUUCAGGUAGAACCUCAAUAUUGCAGUCUGCAAUAUAUUAUUGUGCACUGUUUGAAAGAAAGAUUUCAUAACUGAGAGGCUGCUCACAUGAGCCAGAUUACCAAGAUGACUUUAAAAAAGCUGUUUGGACAAUCGCGAACUAACUAGGUUAACUAGCCAUUUGUCAUAACGUCUUUAAAAUUAUAGUAUUAUAUUUGUUCGUUGCGAGAACGAUUUUGCUAGGGACUAACUGUAAAUAGUCCCAGAUUUAAUUGGCGCUGUAUCGCCUGCGACAUGACUUAUGCUGUAUGGAAGGUGUUAAGAUAGAGCUAGAAGCAGUAGAGACUCGAUGAUUGUUUUUAUUUACACUUCUUUUGCUUACGAAGA